UAAAAACUGCUAACAUCAAAUCGUUUGAAAUUCACCGAUAAGAAUAAUACACUCAAAUGCGAACAGUAUCUUACAUUUUGGCGUAUAGGUAGUUGAUUACUUUGGUCUUGAACAAGGCGUCUUUUGUAGUGUAUGGGAAAAAGAGGAAGAAGCGAAGACUUGUCACAAAAUGGUUGACUGAAGUCAUUUCGAAAGUCGGGGAAAAGAAACUUAACUGUUGCUGAUAGUUUAGAUAUGUAACUGCAACAUUAUUCUACAGAAGACUAUUUUUUAACGACUACAACCAGUUGGGAGUGGGAUGUGAAACAGUUUGCUUCCGCAAAAGUGUUGUUGCGUGUUAAUAUAAUAGUUUGGGUCUGCAGUGAUCCGUUUUGUGAGCUUUACUUACAAUAUCAGACUUCGGGCUGACACUGCAGCCCACUAAAAUUAAAGCAGGAGUAGCAACUGUACUGGAAACUUUUGAAAGGAUGGAGUCGUUUCCAAGCGAUCGAGCACAGUUACCUAGAAAUAUGAUUGAAAACAGCAUGUUUGAAGAGGAACCUGAUGUUCUGGAUUUGGCCAAGGACCCUCAAAUGCACCCACUUGAGCCAGAGGAGGUAGAGUAUGAGCCUCGCAGUUCUCGGCUUCUUGUACGUGGACUUGGUGAGCAAGACUUGGAAGAAGAGGAGGAGGAUUAUGAGUCCUCAGCCCGGCUGCUAGGAAUGAGCUUUAUGAACAGAAGUUCAAACUCUCAGAAUAGGUCUGCAGGCUAUAGACAGCAGGGAUCAGAUGGGACCUGUCAUCUCCCCUGCUCUGCCCGAACUUGCAUCGUCUGUAUGUUUAUAGUGGUCCUCAUCGCAUCAGUAGCAAUGCUAAUUUACUUUUUGCCAAAGUGCACCUUCACCAAGGAAGGCUGCAAUCCCUCAAACAAUCAGACAAAAGAUAUCUAUCCUUUAGCCACUAAUGGCAAGAUAUUCCCAUGGGCUAUGAUGAGACUACCGGACACUGUGCUGCCAGAGCAUUAUGAACUACUACUCCACCCUGAUCUUAUCAACAGGAAUGUCUCAGGAUUUGAAACAGUAACUGUGUUAAUCAAGGAAGAAACUAAGAAAAUCAUCAUGCACAGCUCGGGUCUUCACAUUAUUAGCGCAAGCUUCAAGGCAUUGAAAGCCAAAGGAGGUGCAGAUGAGCCUGUUCCAAAUCUGGAGGUUUUAGAGUAUCCUAAAAACCAGCAGAUUGCUCUUAUUCCAGCACAGUCUCUUGAAAAAGGGAUUCACUAUCACUUGGAGUUGAAGUUCACUGCCAACCUCUCAUCCACUAUUUAUGGAUUCUACAACAGUUCUUACAAGCUUGAAAAUGAGACUGUUAGAGAGCUGGCUGCCACUCAGUUUGAACCCUUGGCAGCAAGGAUGGCUUUUCCCUGCUUUGACGAACCUGCAUUCAAAGCUACAUUUCAAAUCAAAAUUAAACGACCAAACACAUAUACAACUUUAUCCAACAUGCCAAAGAAUUCUUCCACUCCUGUUGAUAAUGACCUGGUUCUGGAUGAGUUUCAGACAAGUCUUAAAAUGAGUACCUACCUGGUAGCAUUUAUUGUAGCUGACUUUAAAAACGUUAGUCGAAGCUUCAAUGGCACACUGGUGUCUGUACACUUUACCCCAGGAAAGGAGGAUCAAGCCCAUUAUGCACUUGAAGCAGGGUGCAGACUUCUUGAUUUUUAUGUAAAGUACUUCAAUAUCAGCUAUCCUCUUGAGAAGUUAGAUUUGGUUGCUGUUCCAGAUUUCCAGGCUGGAGCUAUGGAGAAUUGGGGUGUGAUCACCUUUGGAGAAACAGCUCUCCUGUAUAAUGAGAGCACCUCUUCCAUUAUGGAUAAGCAGUUUACCACCAAAGUAAUAGCACACGAGCUUGCUCAUCAGUGGUUUGGUAACCUGGUAACCAUGAAGUGGUGGAAUGACCUUUGGUUGAAUGAAGGAUUUGCAACAUUCAUGUCAUAUGUUGCAAUGGACUAUACCUUCCCAGAUCUCUCUAAUGAUGAUGACUUUUUGAGACGCCGAUUCAAGGGGAUGGAACAGGACUCCCUAAACUCCUCCCACCCAUUAACAACCCGCGUAGAAACACCUGAGCAAAUUGAAGAAAUGUUUGAUUCAGUUUCUUACGUGAAGGGAGCUUCCAUCUUGUUAAUGCUGAAGACCUUUCUUUCAGAAGAUGUUUUCAAGUUGGGAAUCAAGGACUACUUGAAUACUCAUAAGUUUGGAAGUACAACAAGUGAAGAUCUGUGGAAAAGUUUAAGCAAGUUUUCCAAGAGCACUCAAAAUGUGCCACAGUUGAUGGAAACAUGGAGCACAAAAAAAGGGUUUCCUCUGGUGACUGUCAGAAGGAAUGGAGCUCAGAUUGAAUUACACCAGGAACCUUUCAUAGUGAACAUGGAUUUGAAAAACUUGACUUUGGAUACAAGGAUUCUUUGGCAGAUUCCUUUGACCUACAUAACCUUUAACAGUACUACCAAUAACACUGCAUCCCAAAACACGUAUCUACUUUCAGAAAAGUCAGGCUCCUUGUCCAUUGCAUCAGAGGUAAGCUGGAUCAAGUUUAACGUGAAGAUGAGUGGGUAUUACAUGGUGGACUAUGGAGACCAUUGGCAUGCACUGAUAGAACAGUUACAGCAUAAUCAUAGUGUCUUUCAUCCCAGUGACAGAGCUGAUCUCAUCAACAGUAUAUUUCGGUUGGCCAGCAUAGGUAAAGUACCCCUGACUUUGGUUGUCAAUCUAAGUCCUUACCUAAUCCAUGAAACCAGUACACUGCCUGUGAUUGAGGCCUUAGAUCACUUUGACCAUAUCUAUGGACUGCUAGAGAAGAGAGGGUUCAUGGAUCUUGCUUCAAGAGUACAGGACUUUGCCCUGAAACUCUUUGAUAACAUUAUUACUAAACAGAACUGGACUGAUGAUGGAUUCCUGGUUGAUCGCAAGCUUCGCUCUGCAAUUUUAUCUUUUGCCUGCAGACACCAGCAUCUUGUAUGUGUACGGAAUGCAAAACAGAUGUUUGAUGACUGGAUACAUUUUCCAUACAAUGCAAGUCUACCAACUGAUGUCAUGGAAACUGUCUUUUAUGUUGGUGCUCAGACUGAUGAUGGCUGGAUGAAACUCUGGUCUAAAUACAUACUGACUUCAUCUGCAGCUGAGAAAAGAAAGAUGCUUAAUGCACUAUCUGCAAGUCCAGACAUCAAACACCUGCUGUGGUUAAUGCAGGCUGGAUUAGACGGUGACCUAGUCAAGAUGCAGGAUCUGCCACAAGUCCUUGUCGCUGUCAGUGAAAAUUUAGUAGGACAUUUGCAUGCUUGGAACUUUGUCAAAGAGAACUGGGAGAGCCUUACAAAAAAAUUUCAGCUGGGUUCCUUCAGUCUUCACACCAUUGUUUCAGGAACAACAUCACAGUUUUCUACAAAGGCUCACCUGUUUGAGGUACAGACUUUCUUUGAGUCACAGAAGGAAAACGGCUCUCAGCUCCGAGUUGUAAAGGAGGCUGUUGAGACUAUUAAGGCGAAUAUCCAGUGGAUGGAUAAGAACCUACAGUACGUGGAAUACUUGCUGUGACAUGAAUGGCAUCAGUGUCCACCUGUGUUUUUGACUAGACAGCUGGUGAACCACUGUGUUGCAGCAACACCGGACUGAACUGUCAUCACUGUGACACCGUUUGCACUACAAGGAGUUCCACUUGCUGUCCCUCAGGGCAACUUUAUUCCCUUUCACUGAUUGUGCACUAUUUAUUUUGAGAAUAUGUUACAAAAUGAAAUGCUUUAUUUUGAGAAUAUGUUAAAAAAUGUAAUGUUUUUGUGUAUGGCAAAAGCAGACCCUUAUCAAGAAAAACAAUUUUCAACAUAGUGUGUGUGAAUAUUACCCCUUAUUCUGGGAAGGAAUUUUAUUAGCAAAAUAGAAUGUGAAGUGUGCAGAGUUCUUAGUUUUAUUAUUAACCAGCAUGUUGCUAAGUAAUUAUGUUUACUGUUUCUGAGCUGUUAGAAUAAUGCUUUACCUUCCUUUGUUGCAGUAUGCAUUCUUGAAGGCUUAUCGUAAAAGUCAGCAUCAGGAAGAUGUCCCAACAAAUUUGUUUGGCUUUUGUUUACCUGUAAAUUUCUGAAUAUCGACUGUAAAAAUGUAGUAAAAAUGACAGCAUUGUAACAGUCUUAAUUGCGAGAUAAGUAGUGCUUUAUAUAGUUUUACUCCCAACAGUUUUGCUAAAUCAUUUCUGGUAGCACCUUCCAUUCCCAAGUCAAAUUGAGGAUUUAAAACAAAGAUGAUUUAUAUCUUUUACACAUUUUCCAUGCAGAGCCAUUUUCUUGUUCUGUUGUUAUUCAUAAAAGUUGAGAGAAGCUUUUUCUUAAGAUGCAGAUCUUCAUUAAAAACAUUUGAAGUGAAUUCCAAGAAGGGCCAUUUUUGAAAGAUUGCUAUAUUCCUGGAAGAGGCAGUGUUUUUAUGUGUUGCAUAAGCAUGUGGUCAAACUGCAUUUGUUACCAUUUUCUUGCACCAUGUGAUGGAGAGGUCUGCCUACUUGGAUUCAGGUUCCUUUGAUUGACUGUAACAGGCCAAAGAAGAUACAUUCAUUUUAUUACGUGGAGAAAGUUGCCCUGUUUUAAAGGUACUUGUUAUUUUAUAUUGGUUGUGCAAAUACUGUUAUACCCUGGCAAUGUAGCACCAGUCUCUAACCAAAAUAAGAGUGUUUGACAGUGGUAAGGUUGAGUUUAAGGGAACAUAAAUCUGGCAUUUGAGAUAUUACCAGAAAGAUGAAGAUUCAUAUAUAUCUUAGCAAGCCAGAAUAUGUAUUGUUAGUACAAUAAUAUGAUGUUUUGGGACUUCUGUUAAGUUUAACGUGGGUUUGUACUGCUUAGAACUUUAAUAGUCUUUGAAUGAACUUGAUAAAUACAGCAGACUUCCUGGGAUUAAUCACGGCAAUCUCCUGUUGCACAUACAGAGUGACUGGUUGCAAGCAGUUUAACCACUUCAGUAGUCUAGGUAACUACUGAAAAUUAGCACAUUUCUAGUGGGCAUUACUUGGUGGAAAGUGAAAUGAAUAAAGUAAGUGUGCCUUUAAA